CUCACCUCUGAACAAGAACCCACACACCACCCUGAGACCAUGACCCACUCCUGCUGCUCCCGUUGCUGCCAGCCUACCUGCUGCAGGACCACCUGCUGUAGGACCAUAUGCUUCCAGCCCACCUGUAAUGGAUCCAGCUCUUGUGGGUCCAGCUGCUGCCAGUCCAGCUGCCCCGCAACUUGCUCUCAAACCACCUGCUGCCAACCUACUUGUGUGACCACCUGCUGCCAGCCCACCUGCUGUAGGACCACCUGCUGCAAACCCACCUGUGUGACCACCUGCUGCCAGCCCAUCUGCGGUGGGUCCAGCUGCUGCCAGCCUUGCUGCCGCCCUGCCUGCUGUCAGACCACCUGCUGCAGGACCACCUGCCUCAAGCCUACUUGUGUGACCACCUGCUGCCAGCCCACCUGCUGUGAGUCCAGCUGCUGCCAGCCCUCCUGCCCCCAAACUUGCUGUCAAACCACUGAAACCACCUGCUGCAAACCUACUUGUGUGACCACCUGCUGCCAGCCCACCUGCUGUGAGUCCAGCUGCUGCCAGCCCUCCUGCCCCCAAACUUGCUGUCAAACCACUGAAACCACCUGCUGCAAACCUACUUGUGUGACCACCUGCUGCCAGCCCACCUGCUGUGGAUCCAGCAGCUGUGGACAAACCUGCGGUGGUUCUAACUGCUGUCAGUCUUGCUGCCAGCCAGCUUCCUGUGCACCCGUGUACUGCCACAGAACCUGCUACCACCCCACAUGCUGCUGCCUGCCUGGGUGCCAAGACCAGAGCUGUGGAUCCAGCUGUUGCCAGCCUUGCAGCCGCCCUGUCUGCUGUCAGACCACCUGCUGCAGGACCACCUGCUGCCACCCCAGCUGUGUGUCCAGCUGCUGCCAGCCUUCCUGCUGCUGAUCACUUUGCUAAAGAAUCACUGUCUCACAAAUCAAUAAUCUUACCACCUGAUUUGGCAUUUCAGAACAAAUUUUACUUCCAAAUGUUGCUGAAAGCAACAUUCUGUCACCAAAUUUAUGUUAUUCAUUUCCCUGUUUAAAAGUCUGAGGAUCAACUUGAUGGAGUGUGAAGGAAUUUACCUUAAUUCUCUUCUUCUUAUGUGUGGGUCAUGUUCCUGCUUCCUGCAUCCUAGAUAGUGUUGGUCUCUGAUUUGACUCAGAAACCAGAAUCUUCACCUUCUCUCUACAUGCAACUUAGGAAGAUACAUGCUUAUGACUUUCUGCAGUUUCUGCUACUUAUCUUUAUAAUAACCUUCAUAAUCAUGUUUCUUUUCAAUGUACCCAUGAUUCUUGUAUCCUGCUUUCUUCUUUUCCUAAUCACUUUGAGUGCCUCCCUAGAAGCAGGGAAUCUUGCUUAAAUUUCCAAAUAAAUCUUGUGCCACUAUUAAUUCCA